AUGGCCAGCGAGCGAAAUGGACGAAGAGACCCAAUCACCGACUGCUGAGCGAAAUAAAUCAUUUCUCGAGGAGGUUAACUUUCCCGAGCCGGGCAUUAUUAAUCUGGACAUGAUUAGGUCAUCCUACCUGGAGGAGGGGCAGCAUGGUGAGACGCGUCGCUUGCAUCAGCUCGAGCCGGUCAUAUUGGAGCGAAUCAAAACACUUCGAUUGGAGUUCAAAAAUAUACUGCGCAUCGAUCAUCUAUGGGUUCUACCAAACCUAACCAAACUCUGUCUGAAUUGCAAUAAAAUUGAAGUGAUUGAGCAUAUUGGAAUGCUAACGGCACUCAAGGAACUCAACUUGAGCUUUAACUAUAUAACAAAAAUCGAAAAUCUGGAGACGUUAGUCAAUCUGGAAGUGCUAUCAUUAUUCGGCAAUCGCAUAACAAGGAUCGAAAACUUGGAAGCACUUGAUAAAUUGGUUAUACUCAGUAUUGGUAAUAAUUUAAUCAACGUUCUGGAUGGCAUAGACCGCUUGCGCUUUGUCAACAGCCUAAAGGUGCUCAAUCUGGAGGGCAAUCCCAUUGCUAAGCUGCCAGACUUUCCAUUGUCGCAAUACGUGACAGCUAUAUUGCCCCAAUUGAACUACUAUGAAUACGUUUUCAUCAAGGACGAAGCGCGAGAUGCGGCUCAGAAGAGAUUUUACAGAGAACUGCGCGAAAUCGAGGCCAAGCAGGAGAAGGAAAUCCAUGAUCGGGAGACGGAGGCACGUGAACGCGCCGAGGCGGAACGUCUGGCCUCCAGCUUUGUGGAGCAUCUGGAUCGCCAACAGCUGUACGAGACUAUGUGGCGCGCCGAUGAUGAUGGACGGGUACUCAUGCUCAUUGGCGCACCGGCUCAGGAACUGGCCGAGGACUACGAAAAGGAUGUCUAUGAGCUAACGCAGAAGAUAUAUAAGCUGGGUCUGGAACGCUUCAACGAGCGCGAUGCGGAUAUUAAGGAUUUCUUGAGUUGUCUAGAGGAGGGCCGGCAAGAGUUUCAAUCCCUUGGCCAGAAACACAUUGAAGAAUUCAUGCAGUACCGCGAUAAGACCUUUGAGGAAGCGAGCGUCAUUCUCCGUGAGCUGGAGACUUGUGAGGAGAAUGGGCCGGAGCACGUGCAGCUAUGCGAAGCGAUGGACACGACAAAUGCCCAGUUCGACGAAGCGCUCAAUGAGCUGUGGCAAAAUCUGAUGGCGCAAGAGCUGCAUUUGCAUGAGGCGAUAGAGGAGUCCACGUUGAACUUUGAGCACAGAUUCACGCGCCUGAUGUCCAGCUUUGUGGAGGAGUCCCAGCUUUACUUCCUGCAGCUGCGACAUGUUUGCGAACACUUUUCGGAGAGCAUGACGGAUGCAGUGUCACGCUUCAUAUCAGAUAAGCUGGCGCAGCACGAUCUGGAUUCUGUGCCCCAACCAUUGCGCAUCUGCAUCGAUGAUCGGGAAUCUCUGCUCAAUCUUGUGGACGCCAUGAAAGCCACGCAUAUAGCGCGCAUUGAGGAACGCGAGGAUCGCAUGGCCGACCGCAGCAAGGAGUUCAUAACCAACUACGUGGAGAAGCUAAACAAAGAGGAAAUCGAGCGCCAUCGUGCAAAGAUAUUGGAAAUCAAUUCGUUUAUGGAGAUGAUGAGAAAAGCAAUAGCGAAUCUGCCAGAGGAGAUUCACGCCGAGCUGCUCCUGCAACAAGAGUAAAUGGUGAAGCUAUGU